AUGGGUGGGCAUGUGGAGAUAUGUGGAGAUAUGGAGAUAGGUGGCCGUGAAGAGAUAGGUGGCAAUAUGGAGAUAGGUGGUCAUGUGGAUAUAGGUGGCAAUAUGGAGAUAGGUGGCCAUGUGGAGAUAAGUGGCAAUAUGGAGAUAGGUGGCAAUAUGGAGAUAUGUGGCAAUAUGGAGAUAGGUGGCAAUAUGGAGAUAGGUGGCACUAUGGAGAUAGGUGGCCAUGCGGAGAUACGUGGCAAUAUGGAGAUAGGUGGCCAUGUGGAGAUAGGUGGGCAUGUGAAGAUGGGUAGCAGUGUGGAGGAAAUAGGUGGCAAUAUGGAGAUAGGUGACAAUAUGGAGAUAGGUGGCAAUAUGGAGAUAGGUGGGCAUCCGAAGAUAGGUGGCAAUAUGGAGAUAGGUGGGCAUGUGGAGAUAGGUGGGCAUGUGAAGAUAGGUAGCAAUAUGGAGAUAGGUGGCCAUGUGGAGAUAUGCGGCCAUGUGAAGAUAGGUGGUCAUAGGUUGGUAGUUGGGCAAUGUGGUUGGAUGGGUGACCAUGUGGAGGGUGACAGUGAGGCAAUGAGGUAA